CCAAGGAGACAGCCACAGCCUGGCAGAGGGGCCUCCCACCUCUUUCACCUCUCAGAUCCCUGAGGGCAGAACCCCAGGGGAGGGGACUCUCAGAGGGCCUGCUGCUGGCUGUGACAGUGACUUCCCUUUCCCCAAGGAUCCUGAAGCUUCAGCCCAGCAGGCAGAAGCUGCAGGGUAGAGCGCCCUGCCGGCUCAGCCCUGCCGCUCAGCCUGGCCGCUAUGUCCUGUCUCUGAUAACCAGCUGUCAGCUGAGCCCCGAGCGGCGGGCGCACCCGGGUUUGUUUGCCAAGCCCGAGUGUUGGAGCUUCCUGGACCCUCCUGCCCUGGAAGGGAGGGGGUCGGUGCCGCAGCAGGCUAGGUGGCAUCUCCGGCGGAGAAGGGACAGAAUCCCAGGGUGCCUAUCCCACGCAGGUCCACUGCCUCAGUGCCCCCAUCUCACGGCACUCUCCUUGUCCCAGGCCCGGAGGCAGUCCAGUGGGGGUCACUGGGCAAGGGGCAGAGCCGGGCGGGGUGGUGCACAGCCAGCAGAGGAACGACAGGACGCUGGGUACUCCCUCCCUCACCCACCGCCCCCAACCCGCACCCAGGGCCGAUGCAGAUAUGGAAGGGCGUUGCUGGCUCUAGGGCAGGGAGGUAGCUGCCCCCAAUGGACAGAGGCGCUCGGACCCCGAGCACCCAGGGCAGGGCCCGGACCUCCUGACCCCGCCCCCGGGGAGGCCAUCUCAUUUGCAUGGCCCCGCCCGAGAGCGGCCAUUGGUAGCGGCGGCGGGAGGCCGGGCCUGAGUGGCUGCGGGGCUGCGGGGCGGUGGGGGCGGCGGGGGCGGGGCAGCGCGGAGCUGGGCGCCGGGGAGGUAGUUGCAGACGCCGCGGGGACAGUUUCGGCUUAGGGUCUGGGUCUGGCUCCGAGGGCGCGGGGAGCAGGGUGUCCCGGGGCGCGGCGGCUGCAGCGGGAGCGUACUGAGCGCCCGCCAGCCCGCCUGCCAUGUCCAGGAAAAAGACCCCCAAGAGCAAGGGGGGUAGCGCGCCCGCUACCUCCGCACUGCCCGCCACCCACGGGUCCCAGCCCGUGCGCCCCGGGACUGCGCGCCCUGGCCCCGAGGCACCUCCCAACAGGCCCCCGCAGCCCGGCCGGUCUUCGCUUGGCGGCGGCGGCGACUUCUACGACGUCGCCUUCAAGGUCAUGCUGGUGGGAGACUCGGGCGUGGGGAAGACCUGUUUACUCGUGCGCUUUAAGGAUGGCGCUUUCCUGGCAGGGACCUUCAUCUCCACUGUGGGCAUCGACUUCAGGAACAAAGUUCUGGAUGUGGAUGGCAUGAAGGUGAAGCUGCAGAUCUGGGACACGGCUGGCCAGGAAAGGUUCCGCAGUGUCACCCAUGCCUACUACCGAGACGCUCAUGCACUGCUGCUGCUCUAUGACGUCACCAACAAGGCCUCCUUCAACAGCAUCCAGGCCUGGCUGACAGAGAUCCAGGAGUACGCCCAGCAUGACGUGGUACUUAUGCUGCUGGGGAACAAGGUGGACUCUGCCCAGGAGCGUGUGGUGAAAAGGGAGGAUGGGGAGAAGCUGGCCAAGGAGUACGGGCUGCCGUUCAUGGAGACCAGCGCCAAGAUGGGCCUCAAUGUGGACUUGGCUUUCAUGGCCAUAGCAAAGGAGUUGAAGCAGCGCUGCAUGAAAGCUCCCAGUGAGCCUCGCUUUCAGCUGCACGACUAUAUCAAGAGGGAGGGCCGGGGGGCCUCCUGCUGCAAACCCUGAACCUGGCUGGGGAUGGCCACCAGGGUGUUCUCCUGGAAGACUG